AUGAAACCAAUUGUCUCCGAUAUGCUCAACAAAGUCCAGAGCCCGGAGCCCAGCACCAAUGGCUCCAAGCCGGCCCCACGAACUUUCCCCCCCGAUGCGUCCAUCGUGCUGGUCGGCAUCCGCGGCUGCGGCAAACGCUCGCUGGGCUUUGUUGCGGCAACAGCGCUCAAGCGUCGCUUUAUCACCGAGGACCACUACUUCAGAGAAGUCACCAGUCUCACGCGACAAGAAUACCUCAAGCAACAUGGCAGCCAAGAGUUCCAGCGGCGGGAUAUCGAAGUCCUGAAAAUGAUGCUGGACAACCACCGCACCGGCUGCGUCAUGGAAUGCGGACUGGGAAGUAUGACGCGCCCAGUACAAGAGCACUUGCGCCGCUAUGCGCGUGCCAAUCCGGUCAUCCAUUUAGUACGGGAUAUGGGUCGAAUUCAGCAAUUGCUCGGCUUAGAGGACCAGGCCAUGCGGCUGUUUAAAGAGGGAGAUCCCCUGCAUCGGAUGUGCUCGAAUUUCGAGUUCUAUAACGUGGAAGACCGGACUCGGGCAUCGGAUGACGGGAGUCCGGAUCGUCGGUCGGCGGAUUAUUCGUUCAAGCUGCAGGAAGUGAAGGAAGACUUCACGCGAUUCGUGCAAUUCAUUACCGGGCUGGACGUGAACUAUUCCAGUUAUGACUCGCCAUUCGUGCUCCUGGAGACGCCCCCGGAGCUCAGAUCUUUCACGCAUGCGAUCUUCGUGCGGUCGACGGAUCUGAUCGCGGAUAAUGUGAAACUGACCGAGCUGGAGUCCGGCGGUGAUGCCAUUGAGCUGUGUGUGGAUCGCUGGAGUACAGAGAUACCUGCAACGAUCAGCAAGCAAGUCUCUGUGCUUCGGCGAAAUGCACGAGCUCCAAUUAUCCUCUCCAUCGACACAUCUGCCACCGGGGUUGGGGCAACAGCGCCUUAUUUUAACAUACUGGAACAUGGUCUGCGCCUAGGAGUGGAAUAUCUUGCGGUGGACCUCACACAAGAUCGAACUCAACUCGCGAGCAUUGUCAGAGGGCGCGGGAAUACAAAGAUCAUAGGCCAGCAGGUCUUCUCGCCCACCUCUUCAGUCUGGGGUCCAGAUAGCGUGACGAUCUACCACGACGCCGAAACACUCGGCUGCCAGCUCGUGCGCCUGCUUCGCGUGGCCACAGCUCGCGAAGACAACUCUGCGGUCAUCGAAUUUUCCAAUAAGAUUCGGGCUCUUCCCGGCAACCACCCACCGCUCAUAGCCUACAACAUUGGCGCAUUGGGACGCACCUCCCAGGUCUUCAAUUCCACCCUCACCUCCGUCAGCCACCCGGCCAUCUCAGGCUCGAAACACGAACACGAUCCCACCAUCACGUCCCACGAUGCCGUGCGCGCACUCUUCCAAAGCUACAUCCUCGACCCUCUUAAAUUCUACAUCUCCGGCGAAAGCGUCGCCUACAGUCUGUCCCCCGCCAUGCACAACGCCGCCUACCAGCACUGCGGCAUGGGCCACACCUACAGUAUCCCGCCGGCUCCCUCCCUCGCCGUCCUCGACCAAAUAGGCCGAGACCCCCACUUCGGCGGCUCCAGUGUCGUCCAGCCCUGGCGUGUCGCAGUGUAUCAAAAGCUCGCCUCGAAAAGCCGCCACGCAGAAGCCAUCGGCGCCAUCAACACCAUCAUGCCCCUCCGCGGCAACGACGGAACCAUCUUCCCCCUCACCGAGCAAGCUAGCCGUCGUAACCAGGCCGGUCGCGUCCUGGGCUGGUACGGUGAGAACACAGACUGGGUCGGUAUCAUGACCUGCAUCACCCGGCACCUGUCCCCGCGCAAUGCCAUCAGUGCCCGCACCACGGCCCUCGUCAUCGGUGCGGGUGGUAUGGCUCGCGCAGCUAUCUACGCCAUGCUGCGGCUGGGGUGUCGGAAGAUCUUUAUCUACAAUCGUACGCGGACGCGGGCCGAAGAGGUCGCGCGUCACUUCAACAGUUGGGCUGCUGAAGAUGGUGAUGUGGUUCGCGUGCUUGAUUCGCUGAAGCAGGACUGGCCGGACGAUGUCCAGCCCAGUCUGGUGGCGAGCUGUGUGCCUGCGGAUCCGGAUCGAGAUGAGCCACCGGCUAAUUUUGAAAUGCCUGACCAGUGGCUGGGGAGUACGACAGGUGGUGUUAUUCUCGAGUUAGCGUAUAAACCGCUUGACACGCCGCUGCUUCGCCAGAUGCGCCGUCUGCGUAGUGAGACCGGUCGUCCAUGGGUGUUGUCUGAUGGGCUGGAGAAUGUCACUGAACAGGGCAUUGCCCAAUUUGAAUUGAUGACUGGGCGCAAGGCGCCGAGGCGACUGAUGACUUAUGAGGUUCUUCGGAACUACGUUGGAGAUAGUGGCCGGUUUGACGAGAAGACUAUCCAGGCACGGCUGGAUGGAGUUGAGGUUGAAGUCGAGACAUGA